CGACACACUGAAGAUGGCACUGAUUUUAUCAUUUUUACUCUAUCUCUGUCUAUUCUUUUAAUAAGAAAUAUAAUUAUUAUUGAUUUAUAGUUACAAUAUAAAUUAUAAAUCUAUAUUUUAAAUUAUAAUUUCUGAAAGUGACUUUAAAAUAAAACAAUUAUAAUAUAAAUAUGUUAAAAUUUUAUAAAUUUUUUAAGAAAGAAAGAUGCUCCGUGAUUGGAAUGGUACACGUUGGUGCUUUGCCUGGCACACCUUCAUAUAAUGGUAAUAUUAAUCAAAUUAUAAGUAAUGCAAUAAAGGAAACAAUAAUCUAUAGAGAUUGUGAUAUUGAUGGUAUUUUAGUGGAAAAUAUGCAUGACAACCCAUAUAUGAGACCCGAACAUUUAACACCUGAAACGACAGCAAUGAUGACUAGAAUUUGCACAGAAAUUAAGCAAGUAUUACCUAAAAAUAUACCUUGUGGUAUACAGAUUUUAGCAGGAUGUAAUAAAGAAGCAAUAGCUGUAGCAAAAGCAACUAAUUUUCAAUUUAUCAGAGCGGAAGGAUUUGUCUUUUCUCAUAUUGCAGAUGAGGGAUUUACAGAUGCAUGUGCUGGUUCUUUAUUGAGAUACAGAAAACAAAUUGAUGCUGAUGAUAUUCUUAUUUUUGCUGAUAUUAAAAAAAAGCAUAGUUCACAUACAAUCACUUCUGAUGUAAGUGUAUUAGAAACAGCAAAAGCAGCAAAAUUUUUCUUAGCUGAUGGAGUAAUCUUGACAGGAGAUGCUACAGGUUAUCCAGCAAAUGAAACAGAACUUAUAGAAAUUAAACAAAAUGUUGAUAUACCUAUUCUUAUUGGUUCUGGUAUUACAACAAAAAAUAUAAAAAAUUAUUUGUCUUCUAAUGCAGUAAUUGUUGGAUCACAUUUUAAAAUUAAUGGAAUAUGGAAAAAUAAAAUAGAUAAAAAGAAAGUAAAUAAUUUUAUAAAAAAAUUAAGAAUUCUUCAAAAUAUAACAGAUUUGCAAGAUAGUCGAGAGUGGGAUCGAUGCAGAAGAGGCACCAGAGAUUCCGCACGAUUCUACGGUCCUGAUAUCGCUUUAAAAGCCCUCCCCACUGCUAAAGCCGCCCCACCAUUGGCCCGUACCUCAGCUCUCGCCCCUCAGCAACGGCUUGACUGCCCAGCCAGCCAGCCAGCCAGUCGAAAUCAGCUGACGACUAUUACUGCGGGCAGUUGCUACCACGGCUCCUCAAACGCAACACUGUUCAGUCGAAGAUAA